GCUUAACGGGUGGGGCCUUAACGGUCAGUUGAGCCGCCAGCGACGAAACUCAUCGGUCGGCGCUUUCUCAAUCCUUCUCCGCCUACCAAGUUCUUUGGAUCAAAAAAAAUUAUGUUUUAAUUCGAACAAAUUCCGUUUCCGCCCUUGGAGCAGGACCAAACGGGGGGGAGGGGUGUCUGCAAAGAGUGUGCGUGCGACGGCGCCAGUGAAUGAAGGUGAUGGUUGUUAAUGUACUGGUUCUAACGGCCAACAGUUCGGACAGUUGGGCCCGCGAAUGUUGAACGCUGGGCACCUGGUUGCACGCAUGCCGCGCCGUUUCCACCCCGCCUCUAGUCCGUAACUAUUGGUUGUCUCUGAAAGGAAACCCCACCCCCAACCUGAACUCUGUUUCUAUUGGUCGCACCGUCUUGGCCCGCCCACCGCUUGCCACCCUGCUUCUAUUGGCAGGCGGCCGCGUUCCGUUGCGCCUGAACAUGGAGCUGCAAUCGGAGAUGAUGGAAGCCGGAAGGCGCCCGCAGGCCCCGUCGCGGACCGACUUCACCUCGUCCCCUUUUCUUGCUGUUCAGCCGAGUAGGAAAGUGGCAGUCAGGUCGGAGCCGGCUAUUUGUUCUGCUGCUGCCGCAGCUGCCGUCGUUGGUGGUGGUAGCGGCGCCGUGCCGGCCUAUUGCGGCAAUAGAACGGGUGGCGACACGGCCACUUUCAUCGGGAGUGUGCCGGUCACCGUCUCCUUGGAGAAUUUUGAUGGUCAGCACAGAAUAGUAUGUGUGACUACAGACGCUAAUGGAGGAACAUUGUCCUACGUUGGCCAGCUGAAUUCAGAUGUAAAUUUGGAAUUGCAGGCUGCAGUGUCUCCACAGCCUUUGUUGCAAGGAGAUGGUGUGAGUGCUGUUUCAACUGGCAACCCACUGCUUCAGAUUCAUUCAUUGGAUACAGGAUCACAACGCCUUCAAAGUGUUAUUCAGGAGGGACAAACAGAAAAAAACAGCAGUACAAAGGAAGUUGAGAGUGAUGAACCCAAGAAAAGAAAAGGUGGUUGGCCAAAAGGCAAGAAGAGAAAACCUCAGAAAGAUUUUACUGCACCCCGGGCUCCAACCACAGGGUAUGUGUUAUUCCUGAAUGAACAGAGAGCCAAGCUGAAAAUUGAACAUCCAGAUCUCCCUUUUACAGAGAUUACAAAACUGUUGGGCACUCAGUGGUCACAACUGUCUCAGGAGGGCAAACAGAAGUAUAUUGAUGAAGCAGAAAAAGACAAGCAGCGAUAUAUUGAGGAACUGAAAGCAUAUCAAAAUUCUGAGGCUUAUCAAGCUUUCCUGAAAAGAAGAGCAAUGAACAAAGUAAAAAACCAAUGUGGUGUGGAGUCUCUGGAUACUGAAUUUGAUAGUGAGGCAGUUGGACUGUCAGAAAUUGGCGAUGAAGACAACAAUGGCCUCUAUUGCAAAACAUGUAAUCAAUACUUUAGCUCUUUACAUAAUAAGAAGGAACAUCUUUUUGGAAGGCAGCAUCUGCAAAAUUUGACAGGAGAUUUUGAGAAAGAGGUAGCUGAACUCUCUAAACAAGAACAGCAACAGGGUGAUGAGGACUCAGCAGAUGAUGUUGACAAUUCAGAGCUCUCUCAGUUUUGUGGCCUGACCUCAAAGCAUAACUAUACAUCACUUAAUCUAAGUCUUUUGGAGGAAUAUAUUUUCAAGCAGGUAAAAUUGAGAGAGUUAGAACUUGAUGAACUUGCAAAAUCUUUGGAGCAUGCCCAAGAUGAGCGUGAAAAUCUAAACACACAGUUGGAAGGAUUGAAGCAUCAGAAGGUAAAGUUGGAAACUGAUCUUGCAAACCUGAAAGCCUAUGGAGCAACACUGGAUGCACAACUGGACAGUUUAAAAAUGGUUCCAAUGCUCUUUCAGUUCCACAUUCAAAUAGUGGAUAAUGGAAAUUGCAUGCGCCAGAAACAGUUCCUAUCUCUGGAUACAAUCAUGAAGUAAAGCAGAAACACUCCAAAUUGCAACAACCUUUUGCUAAAAGUGCUGUAUAUGAAGAAUAAAGAUGUUGAACGAUGAAGAAUGGAAAGAAUUUUGAAGCAACAGCUCAGGUCAGAUGCGAAUGUUGAAUUCCACUGAGUUUCUAUCUGUUUGAAGAGAUUUUGUCUGUUGAAGCUAGCUUUUGUGCAUUAGAUUUAUCAGUGUUUUAUUUUAAUGCAACAAUUUUUGCAGAUCGCUAUUUUCUGACAUAACGCUGUAUUCUGUUAUGAAAGUAUGUAGCGAAUAUGUUUUAUCAAUACAUACUAUGUCGACCAUGUGGUGCAGCUUAAACUUUAUGAAUGCUCAUUAUUGAGAGUUGUUAAUCUGGGGUCUUCACAUGAUUAUCAUUGGCUGAACUGUGGUCAAUUAAAACACCAUAUGGGGCAAUUUUUAAAAAAUGCUGAAGUCCACUGUUGGAAGAUGUUUACCACAGUAAUGUAAAACCUAAGUAGAGUAAAAAUGAAUCUUGUCCCCACCCUGGCAGCACUUUUGUUAUCAAACAGAACACUACAAUUUCGUGGUUUAAACACACACUCCUGUAUUUUCUGUAUACUAAUUGACACAGCAUUCUUUUCACAGAAAAUUGAUAGAAAGAAAUGUCUUUUACAACACGUGAAUGAAAGUGGUCUCCAUUUGUGGUUUUUCUACAAGUUGUGAACUGUGGUCUUUUUUUAAAAUUUCAGUUAUUAGUAAUUAUGUACAAUGCAAUAUAUGUAAUUUACAAUAAUUAUGUACAUUAGUGGAAAGUUACUUUGUCCAGUUUUUGAAAUUGCAGAAAUGUAAUUUUCAUUUGUAAUACUUGUUUGCUGCCAGCUGUUCAAAAUGUUAAAUUUUUUGUACACAAUGUACAUGUGUAUCAUACAUGGAUUUUAAUGUAAAUUGGCUACUAACGUUUGAUGCAUCUCUUAUGCUGAAUUGCAAGAUUUCUUCCAAUUUGUGAUGCACAUUAUAUUGAACAGGAUUGUUCUUGGUGCCAACACAGAAGGCAAAUGUUCCAGUAAAUAGCUAUUGUCUAAUACAUCAAUUAGUUGGUGCUAUAGUAGUGAGACUAAUGAAUUGCACUUUCAUAUAUGGGUCAGAUUGUAGAAUGUGUAUUUUUAAAUAAUGCUUAAAAAAACUAUGAAUCUGUUUUAUAGAUAUAAAAAAAUGUUGGCAUUUUAAAUGUUUACUAAAUCAUUGAGAACACUGUUUUCUAUAUUGUAUUGCUGCAUUUGAACAUUAAAGGACUGUAUAUUUAUUUUUAUUGUGAAAAUAUUGUCAAAUGCAAUAAAUUGCUUUUAAAGGUGGUAUUUGCUGUUUUUCUGCUAUGGAAAACUAAUUUGAUUUGUGAUACUACUCUGCAUAUCCCAGCACCAUGAACCAGCAGCUGGUAAUAAUGGGAAGAAUUAGUAAUACCGAAGGAGGAACAAAAAAUCUACGCCAUUGAUAAUUGGCCUGGAAAACAUAUUUGGGGGUGGAUUACCAUGAAAGGAGUUGAUUUUGUAUCUAUUGGAAAAGGAUAAAGCAUAGAUUAUUGUGAUACUUCAACAUUUUCUGUUUUGUUCAAUUUUUAAAAGUGCUUUUUGAUCAAAUUUUGCUCAUCAAACUUGAACUUUUACAGUAUUGGACAAAGUAGCAGUGUUCCGUUCCAUUUUGAUCAUUCAUACAGAAAACUUAAUCUCCUAUUGCUGGACCCCAACAUUGCCUUCUCCCUAAUCAUGGUUUCAGCAGUAUAACUCAGAUAGUAAGAACUGUCGAUGCUGGAGUCAGAAGUAACACACUGUGGAGCUGGAGGAGCACAGCAGGCCAAGCAGCAUCAGAGGACCAAGAAAGUUGACGUUUCCAGUCGGGACCCUCCAUAAAAACCUGACCCGAAACAUGAACUUUCCUGUUCCUCUGGUGCUGCCUGGUCUGCUGUGCUCCUCCAGCUCCACUCUAUUAUCUUGGCAAUAUAACCUUUCCAUUUCCUCCCUCAGCUAACUCUGAAGCGUUUUGACUUCAUUAUGCUAACAUUUGUCAAUGUCGUGCCAAUUUGUGCUUGGUUGUGGACAGUUUAACAACUGUUUAAUCAUAAAAUGUGUAAAGACAGUUGAUGAAUAUGUAGCAUGAAAUAGUUAAAAGAUGUACCAUCUGAACAUAUGUACGCGAGCACAUGAGCUGAUGUCCUGUAGU